AUGGAAAGCACCUCGUACCUCACACUGACUCUGAUGGUUCUCUUCCUCAGCUGGACUUGUUAUGCUGAUGAGGAAGCAAAGGGCCUCUCCUGCCCAGAAAACCAGGAAGGUUUCGACGGCUCGUGCUACGAGUUUGUGGGUCUGCAGCGAUCCUUCCUCAGUGCCCAGGGAUGGUGUGAGCGAGGCGGAGGACACCUAGCCUUCAUUCUGAAUGAUGAAAUCCAGCAGUUCCUUCAGAAGCACCUGGAGCAGGAGAAGGACUGGUGGCUCGGGCUGGCCCCUGCAGCUCCAAACCUCACCCUGGACACUGCCGCCACUGAGGGUUCCCUUGCAUGGCUUGAUGGCUCAGAUGUCAGCUACAGUAACUGGGUGAACAUGCCAAAUGCUCAGGCAGCCUGCGGACACAUCCUGAAACACUCAAGCUUCCAAUGGGAAGCAGCGGGGAACUGUAGUCAGGAACUUAACUUCAUUUGCCAGUUUGAAUCUGGGAAAUCAAUUGCGUGUGAUGGCCAAAAUGCAACACUGCAGUGUGGUUCUGGUCAGGUUAUAGAGAUAGUUGACAGCUUCUACGGUCGAAAAACCAUCCAUUACUGUCGUUCCAAACUCACGGGCACACCCACAUCAUCCCAGGAGGAGUGCAGCUGGAUCGAUGUGACAGAUUCUGUUUCAGCUCAUUGCCAUGGACUGCAGGCUUGCCAGGCUCCAGUUGAUCUGAGCGCUUUUGGUGAACCAUGUCCUAUGCUGAGGAGUUACCUCUCUGUGGAGUACAACUGCAAAGAUGGAAUCCACCUGUCGAUGAGCAAGCUAGCGGCCGUCUUUGAUGAUGUCACCUUCACUGUGAAGUGGCUCCUUCAACCUUAUCAGGGAAACCUCACAUGCACAGUGAACGCUGGAGACGGCCAUAUAAUCGAUCCAUACAGCCCAGAGCAGAUGGAGAGCAAUGUUAUGCACAAAUACAGUCAGCCAGGUGUUUUCAUGGUCGGUGUGGAGUGCAACACCAGUGACUGGCACGUUACAGCUCAGAAAGCCAUCACCAUUCAGGAGCGCAUUGGAGAUUUUGGUGUCAUAAAGUGCAAUAGCAGGAAUAUGUCAACAGAUGGCUCUAAAUGCAAUGUGCUGCAUGGUCGACCUGUUCAGAUCCAGGUUGUUGUAGAGGCUGGUACUAAUGUUUCUUACAAAAUUCAACAUAAAGACCACGUGGUUGCAAACUUAUCUGUGGACAGAGGGAUCAUACCACACAACAUUACCCUGAGCCAAAAUGUGGUUACGAGGCUCGGACAUGGCUGCCACAACCUGACUCUGACUGCCUCAAACAAUGUCACAGCCCACACUGUGUCCUCCCAUCUGGAGCUGUGUCUGCUGGAGCCUGUUGAAGGCCUGAAGGCCUCGGUGAUAUCAGAGGAAGAUAAGUGUCCUGACUCUACUGAUCUCAUUGUGGGUGUUUCAUUGGAGCGAGGAGCUCCUGCAGAACUGCUCUUCACUCUGACUGGAGCUAAGGACAACAUCUCCGAGACCAGGGAUAUGCUAAAUGCUAGCUUACAAUCUUUCACAUUCUCUAGCACACUUGAAGGAUUGUUGAAGGUAAAUGUAAAAGCCAUGAAUGCUCUUUCCACCUUUGAUGUGGACGUGGACUUGGAGAACAUACUUCAGGCUUGCCAGAAUUGGUCUGACUUUUCAUCAGAUGAGCAUGAAGACAGCAAUCAAAGUGUCGAGGAAUCUAAUGAAUUGAAAGUGAUUGUGACUCCAGACUCUGUGGUUGACUACACUCAGAGUGUCACACUGAGCGUAACUGGAACUGAAUCAUUACCAAGAAAAGGACUCACAUUUGAAUGGAAAUGUAAAGGAAAUUGCAAAUGCAGAAACAAAACUAAAGAAGAAACUCACAUCAUCCAAAAAGAUUGCCUUCCAGAUCCCUUUGAUGUUUUUAAAUAUGUUUCAACUGUGAAGAGACCAGCCUGGUUCAGGGAGUGGGUUGACCUUGCUUCAACUUCAGCUUGUGUAACAGUCACUCCAAAGAAAUUCACAGAUGUAACCAUCAGUUGUGAUAAUUGUGCUUCAAUUAACACAAAGGACCACAUAAGGCUUAGACUGAGCUGCACAGCAACUUGCCCAGACGUAGCUUGGUAUAUUGAGGACCCUGAACCUUUGCGUGGUGUCCUCAAAAAAUGCUACUCUGAAGCAGGAACAAAGCCUCCUGUAGAGAAGCAGGAUGGCAAUACUGAAUAUGUUGUACACAGCAAAUAUCUGAAGAUUUCAAGGGACGCUGUGCAGAACAUCAGUGUGAUUGCUUAUGGCAAGAAGGAUCCAGGCUUUGUCAAGUUCACUCUACCAAUUCCAGGUCCUGAUCCAACUGAACCAGCAACAAGUGAUGCACCUGCAGACCCCACCACCCUCUCUUGUAGCAUCUCUCCACCUUCAGGAACAGUGCUGGAUGCUUUUGACAUAAGCUGUAAAACAAACACUUUCUGCUCUAAGGGGUGUUUCUAUUGCUUCAAAACAGACACAGGCGAACCUCUGCGCUGCAGUAAUACAAACGAGGUGAAAUCUGUUUUCCUGCCUCUCGGGGACAAAAACAACAAUUACAGUUUGUCUGUUGUUGUGACCAUGCAAAAUGAAAACGAGAAAGCCACAACAACCAUCUCCACUCAGGUACUGACGAGCAGAUCCAGCUCCUCUGUGGAGGCUCUCACAUCUGCAGUGGAGGACUCUGUGAGUCAGUUGGAGCAGCAGGGUCUGCUCUCUGGUGAGGCACUGGGACAAAUGUUUACCUCAGUAUCUGACAUGCUGAAUACAGAGCCCAUCCAAGAGCAGAAGGAUGCGAGGAGGAAGCUCAGAGAGAAAAUGUUGACCAAAAUGACCACAGUUCUGCUGGACUCACCCAGCAACACGACUCAGGGCGUGCAAGUGACGGCCAGAGCUGUGGCUGGUCUCACCCAGCGCCCAGACGAGCUCAGUGUUAAUGCUCAAGAAGAAGCAGGGUCAUUGCUAGUUGACCUCAGCUCCUCCCUCAACAUGAUCAGUGUUAAUCAGGACAUCAGUGAUGAGGAUGAUGAUGAUGGAGAGGUUUUGCAAGCAGCUACACCCAUAGUUGAAGCAGCCAGUAAUAUUUUGAAUGUUUCAUCAAAUAAAAAAGUCUCAGAUUUUCUUCUUACUGGGAUAAACAACGUUCAGAGUGCUAUGCUGAAUAAUAGGAAGCUGAAUGGAGAACCUGCCAUCAUUGAUACUGGACACAUCAGUGUGUAUGUCAACAGAGUGUCUCCAGGAAAGAUGCAAAUGCAGGAUAUUAAUGUCCAGAAAAACAGCUCCUCCAGAUUUUCUUUCCCAACGCUGCCUGCUCAUAUUGUCUCUCCAGAUGAGCCAGUGGAUGUCAGGAUGAUGAGUUUUGAGACAAAUCCAUAUUCCUGGAAGGAGGAAAACAUCACAGGGACUGUAGGAUCGGUCUCUCUGACCAGAUUGAACGGCUCUGUCAUUCCUGUAAAGAACUUACCUGAAGAGAUUGAGAUUCUCUUGCCGAGGCUUGAUGUCGGGCAGGAGAACAGCACAGUCCUAGACCUUGCCAAUUUCAGCACAUUAAUAAUUGACGUCCCAUCGCCGGAUGUAACACUGGUGCUGAAAAUGGAGCCGUCUGAAGACAUUUCCUUCCUGCUAUUCCUGGGGUACAAAGAUUAUCCAAAUGAUGAGAAUUAUGUUGCCAAGACUCGUAUGCCUCUUGAGAAUUCCAAAGAAGAGGAGAAAUAUACCUGGGUGCUGAGUCCCAAAGACAGAACAGCAGAUGUUGGAGUGCACUACCUCGUCAUGAAGCCCAUUGUGGAGCCAGGGGUCAAAUCCCUCAAUGCUACAGUCAGUGUGGUUUCCAUUGCUGCCCAGUGUAAAUACUGGAAUGAAACUGGAUCCACUUGGAGUGAAGAUGGUUGCAGGGUAAGUUAAACAAAAUCAUCCAGAGCGGUUGCAUCAAUACUUCUUUAAAAAAAAAAAAAAAGAAGUCUGACUGGGCUACUUUUCUUAUCUUUUUCUUUUGUACAGGUCGGACCGCUCACAAGCCCACUGGUGACUCAGUGCCUCUGUAACCACUUAACUUUCUUUGGCAGCUCUUUCUUUGUCAUGCCCAACUUGGUGGACGUGUCACGCACUGCAGAACUUUUCGCAACAUUCACUAACAAUCCUGUGGUGGUUUGUUUCGUGGGCGCCAUCUUUGCUGCUUAUCUUCUGGUGGUUGUGUGGGCACGCAGGAAAGACAUUCAGGACUCAGCCAAGGUGAAGAUAACAGUGCUUGAAGAUAAUGACCCCUUGGCUGAGUACCGUUAUUUGCUGAAUUUGAGCACAGGGCAUCGUCAUGGUGCAUCCACCUCCUCUCAGGUGACGAUAACUCUGCAGGGCACGGAGGGAGAGAGUGAGCCCCACCACCUGACAGACCCUGAGAAGCCCGUGUUUGAGAGGUGCGGGGUGGACAUGUUUCUGAUGACCACUCACUUCUCCCUCGGGGAUCUGCAGAGCAUCAGAAUGUGGCACGACAACUCGGGAGCACAUCCUGCGUGGUAUGUCAACAAAGUCAUGGUGCAGGAUCUGGAGAGCGGUCAGAAAUGGCACUUCCUGUGUAACUCCUGGCUGGCUAUAGACGUUGGAGAGUGCACUCUUGACAAAGUCUUCCCAGUAGCAACAGAGAUGGAUUUGAAGAGGUUUAGUAACCUGUUCUUUAUGAAGACCGCAAAGGAUUUCCGUGACGGCCACAUUUGGUUCUCUGUGAUCAGUCGGCCCCCCUGCAGCACUUUCACUCGUGUGCAGCGAGUCUCUUGCUGCUUUUCCCUGCUGCUGUGCACCAUGCUGACCAGCAUCAUGUUUUGGGGUAUCCCCACUGACCCCUCUGAGCAGACAAUGGACCUUGGUCACAUCGAGUUCACGUGGCAACAAGUUAUGAUUGGAAUUCAAAGUUCGAUCAUCAUGUUUCCCAUCAAUCUCCUUAUUGUGAGCAUCUUCAGAAACACUCGUCCCCGAGAGAAGACACCCGCCAAAACAGACGCAUCCAAACAGGCCAAGACUGGUCGUGUCUCUCCGUCACAGACCUAUUCUCCUCAGAAAGAGCCGAAGGACAUCACACCGGACACUGUCAUCAAGGACAUAAAGAGGAUUGCUCAGUCUCUCUCAAAGGCCAUGAAGAGUCCGCUGCCUGACCUGCAGCUCCGGCCCGGUCAGCAGGUGGACAUCAACACUCUGCUGUCUUUGGUGGAGAACAUUAUCAGACAGCAGAACCGGGCGGCCGGAGACUUUUACACUGACGCCUCCAAAAGCGAUCGCUCCAUGAUCCUCAGUUUAGGUGCCGUUAAUCUGCAAGAAACCCGAGGAUGCAGCAGCCCAGAGAAGACCUCAGAUGAUGCUCAGAAGAAGAGCACCAACACCAGGUACCUGUACAGGCAGCUACGUCAUGUUGAGAAGGAGCUGGGUUUGUUGGGACCGUCUCGGUUUCCAAAUCCAGACAGCUACAAUCGGGCCAUGCAGCAAGUCCAGGGAAUGAAGGGUCUCCUGGAGUACCACCUCCCCUCAUCCAGCCUGGAAGGAGACCAGCUGGACCGCAGUCCGAGUCCAGAAGAGAGCAUUGCGGGAGGGUCCAGCAAGAAGUGCUGUCAGGGAGGGCUGCCAUGGUGGUUUGUGUUUGUUGGCUGGACGCUUGUGAUUGCAACCAGCUGUGUGUCGGGAUACUUCACCAUGAUGUACGGGCUGACGUACGGGAAAGAGCGCUCUAUAAGCUGGCUAAUCUCCAUGCUGGUCUCCUUCUUUGAGAGCCUCUUCAUCACUCAGCCACUGAAGGUUCUUGGUUUUGCUGCUUUCUUCGCUCUUGUUCUGAAAAAAGUUGAUCAGGAGGAGUAUGGAGAGCCUCAGAUAGAUGACAGUCUGAGAAACACAGAUGAUCCAGACAUGGUCCGUGCAGCCAGAAGAGACAGUACAUGCAGUUUCUAUCAGCCACCGCCUCCCACUGACAUCGAGAGGAUGAGAAACAACAUGAUAAAAGAGCAGAGAGUCUUCGCCCUAAUAAAAGAGAUUCUAACCUACAUGGGCUUCAUGUGGAUGCUUCUCUUGGUGGCGUACGGGCAGAGGGACCCAAACGCCUAUUUUCUGACCCAACACGUUCGACAGAGCUUCAGCAAAGGCAUCUCAGACAGCAUGAGCAUUCAGGAUGUGUUCGACUGGGCAAACACAACUCUGCUGAGCAGCCUGUUUGGCGAGUACCCAGGAUUCAUCACAGAUGGAAACUCCAAGCUUGUUGGGAACGCUCGCCUCCGCCAGCUGAGGGUGCAAAAAGGCUCCUGCAAUGUGCCCCUCUCUAUGCAGCAGUCUAAUAAGGACUGCCACGCUCCAUACUCAUGGGAGCUGGAGGACAUGGGCUCCUACAGUCCAGGCUGGAGCAGCGCCGUGCAGGAUAACUCUUCUCUGAACCUUCAGAGCCCAUGGACGUACCAGUCUCAGGGCAAACUGAGGGCCUUACCCAUCUGGGGCAGUGUGAGGCUCUACAGAGGAGGAGGGUUUGUGAUGGAUUUGGGGCCUGAUUUACAAAACUCCAGCAGAUCCCUUCAGUACCUUUAUGAUAACACCUGGUUUGACGUAUACACCCAAGCCAUCUUUGUGGAGUUCACUGUGUACAAUGCUAAUGUUAACCUCUUCUGCAUUGUCACCCUGCUGCUGGAGACCACAGCUACAGGAGCUUUCCAGUUUCGCAGCGAGCUACAGAAUGUGCGUCUUUACCAGUCCACUGGCGGCCUUCACAUCUUUGUCAUGGCCUCUGAAGUCAUUUACUUCCUCUUCGUCAUGUAUUACAUGUUUGUCCAGGGAAAGCUGAUGAAGCAGCACAGGUGGGCUUAUUUUAAGAGUAAGUGGAACCUGCUCGAGCUGGGGAUCAUCAUUCUCAGCUGGAGCGCGAUGUCUGUCUUCAUCAAGAGGACUGUACUCGGAAUGCAGAACAUCGAGUACUACCAGAACCACAAAGAUCAAUACGCCAGUUUCCAUGAGACAGCCAAGGCUGAUGCAGUGCUGGGGUAUCUGAUUGCCUUCUUGGUCUUGUUAGCUACAGUCAAACUGUGGCACCUGCUGAGACUGAACCCGAAGCUGCACAUGAUCACGGCCACGCUGCAGCGAGCCUGGACUGAUAUUUCAGGCUUCCUGGUGGUCAUGACCAUUAUGUUCUUGGCCUACUCCAUCGCUUCUAACCUGUUGUAUGGCUGGAAGCUGUACUCCUAUCGGACUCUGCUGGAUGCUGGAUUGACCAUGGUCAGCCUGCAGCUAGGCAUCUUUAACUAUGAAGAGGUUCUGAAUUACAAUCCAGUGCUGGGCGCCUUCCUCAUCGGCUCCUGCAUUGUGUUCAUGACCUUUGUUGUGCUGAAUCUCUUCAUCUCUGUCAUUCUGGUGGCAUUCAGUCAAGAGCAGAAACAUCACAAGCCAUCAGAGGAGGAAGAAAUUGUGGACCUGAUGCUGAUGAAAAUCUGCAGUUUGUUUGGAGUAAAAAGUAAGAAACAAGGUGAUGAAGGCCAAACUGAGGGGUCAAAUAAUGGACUCUCAACAAUUUCCUCUGGAAGUAUUUGAAAUAUUGAUUGGGUC